AUAAAUCUGCAAAAUGAUCAUUCUUUUCUGCAUUGAUUGUCUGUUCAACAUCUCUGUGGCUGUGAAUAGGGCAGACAGGCAUGUCUUUGUCCGCCGAAACAAGGGGGCCCUUUCAGGACCCCAUGGCUGUUACGUGGACUGAGAAAUAUAGUGACUCGAUCGACAAGUACUGGAGUAAAUUACCAAAAUUUCUCAGUUCAGCAAUUGCUACGUUUGCAAUAUUUAUGAUGGGCAUUACAGUUAAUGGAGAGUGGGUUUUAAUGCUCGUCCAUUUCAUCCGGUCGCUCAGCCUUGAGGAUGGCGCGCUCCUUGGGAACACAAGUGCAGGCCUAGACUCGAACUUCACCGAAAUCAAAAUGCCAAAAAUUGGACUCAAAACGGAUGGUUUUUUGACCAUCUGGUUAAGUUCAGCCGCUGUUUCCUACAUUAUGUAUUUUGGCAUUGGUGGUUUCCUUCAUUGGUACUUCUAUGUCAAGCAGCGUGAUAAGGCGCAAGAAUGGAAGUGCCAGCCAAACACUUGGCUUCCCCCUGAUCUCGAGAGACACGAAAUUUACAUCGGAUCGUUUUGCUUGGUUAUUGGAUCAACAAUUUCAGCCAUACUCGCCACACACGUGCUGAACGGCGGCUGGUCAAUGGUCUAUUACAAUUUCAGUGAUUACCCGUGGUACUGGACCAUUUUGCAGUGGCCUGCUAUUUUCAUAUAUCAGGAUUACAUGACCUAUUGGCACCAUAGGAUGUAUCACACACCAUUUUUGUAUAAAAAUUUCCACAAGCUGCACCACAAGUAUAAGCAACCGACUGCCUUUUCGGUCACAGCCAUUCACCCCGUUGAAUUUGUGCACAUGCAGCUCAUGCUCAGCUCCCCAAUGUUCCUAUUUCCCAUUCACUGGGUUCCCUAUUCAGUGAUCGGUCUGUACACGUACUACCAUGGAAUAAUUGACCACUCGGGCAUCAACUUUAAGGCCUAUUGGUGGCAGCCGUGGCAGCCGGAUGCGAUUUUCCACGACAACCACCAUCAGUACUUCCACGUGAAUUUCUCGUUCAAUUGCUCAAUUUGGGAUAAGAUCCAUGGGACGUACAGACGCAAGGACAGGAUUUACCACGAGGAAAUAUACUACGGUCGGGGGAAGGAUAUUCGAGAGGCGUCAGCGCAAGAGGUGGCUGAGGAUUUGCACCAGAGAACAACUGAAAAUCCGCUGGCUUUCAGGGGAAAUAAGAGAGAAUUUGACCUGAGCCAAGAAGAGGUCAUGAAAAUCAAGAAAUCCUAAUCACUUUCUUGUAUUAUUUUAUAAAAUCAAAAUCGUAAUUGAAAUUUUCUGAACAAAAGCUACUCUGAUUUUAAUGAUUGAAGUCAUUAAAAAUUUUUGUGAAUUAUAAAAAUAAAUCAUAAUUUCAUGAUUAAAUUGUACUUUCCCCCCACUUUUUCCUUAUAAAUAAAAGGCUUAUAAAAUAAAAAUAAAAAAUAAUAUU